UCUAAACUAACUUUUGUAACAUUACUUAUAAUCACAUAAUUUUGUUAUUAUUGUUGUUGUUGUCCGUCAAAAGCAUUGCCCGAACUUUACCGCCGCCGCCACUGUUGUCGCCGCCGAUCGCCGAUAUCGCCGAUGUCUCAACUAGUGGUCACCGAUCUGGUCGACGAUUUGUAUGCCGAAAAUCGCCGACUGGCCGACGAACUUGUAUUUGUUCGGCUAUUGAACUCAAUCCUGGAGGACGUCCGCCGCGAUUCACGGGAAUUAAUCGACAACUAUCGCCGCCACAAUCAGCGUAACCGCCGAUUGUUGCGGAAGAAACUGUACGACAAUAUUGUCCGAUCGUGCGACGAGUUGGACGCACUGAAACUUAGCCGCCGCUGCAGCAGCCGUACAGCCGAUGAUAACCACACCAACAACGCCAACAACAACAACAAUACGGGCGAUACUAUUGGCGGCCAAUUAGUCGAUCCGUCUGCGCCGUCAUCGGCGUCAUCGUUGGCUAAUAUAUGCGUCGUCAAAACUGAAGAGAGAGCCAUAGCUGUCGAUAUUGAUCGCGAAGACGGCGACGACAAUGACGUCGACGACGGCGGCGACGACGGCGGCGACGACUAUGACUACGACGACAUUAUUGACGAUCUUAUGGCCGAAGAAGAAGAAGUCGAUGAAGAAGGAGAAGACAUUGUUGGCAAAGAGGACGUCCGGCAGAAAACUGAUCGGCAAUUAGAUGAUAGUGGCCGCCGACAAAAGCCUACAACCAAUGGCUUUGCGUUUGUCACUGAAAUGCUUACCACAAACACAACCGCAGCCGCCGCUAGUCAUCGUCAGUCGUCGACGGCAACUACUACUAGUAGUAGUAGUGUUGGUGGCCAACAGUUGAUUACCGUAAAAAAACUGCCGGUGCCAUUGACCGGCGGUGUUGGUGUCGGCGGCAGCGAUAGUGAUAGUCCACAAAAACGACCAAAGAUUACACUAUUAGUGGUUAAGAGACACGGAGUCGGCGGCAGCGGCGGCGGCGAUGACAAAGCUAACGACAAUACUGUUGACGGAGGCGGCGGCAGCGGAACAUCAUUGUUGGCCACACCGGGAGCCGUCGGCGGCGGCAAAAUUAUUAGCGGUACCGGUAGUAGUAGUACUGUUGGCAGCAAAUCUAUUAUCAAACACAAGGGUCCAUUUACCCGUCGGCUAAACAUUAAUGACAAUAAUAAUAAUAAUAAUAAUAUGCAAAACUUUAGCAUUAAAUCAAGCAAAUUGUCGCUCAAACGGAUACGUUUGGCCACUGGUAGUAGUCGUAGUCGUAGUAGUACUGCCGCAACAACCUCUGAUGCCGUCACCGAUAAUAAUAAUAAUAAGUUUGAAAGUGUUGGCCGAAACUAUUGCAUAGCCGCCGAUGACAACGAUCUCCGAUCCAAACAUAACGGUACGGAACGUUUACGGCGACAACAAAUGACCGCCCAGUUUGUCCGAUUGGGCGCACAGAUACCUUGGUUAACCAAAUCGGGUUUUAUGGGCGGCCAGCGGCGCCGAUCGCGUGAUUGUGCACCGAAAAUAUCCAUAUUGACUACGGCUAUCAAAUAUAUUAGGGAACUCCGUAAGGAUAACCAGUUUUUGGAGACUACCCGUUCGCGCGAACGAUCGCGCAAUCAGCGUCUGAAACAACAGUUUAGCGAUCAGAUACUUGAUAAUAGAUGAUCACUAUAUAUAUAUAUAUAUACCUACCGUUCCUACCCUACCCAUACACACAUAAAUGCAUGUAUAAUAUAGGAGGUGAUUGUG